AUGGCCAUGAGGCCAUCCAGACGGUCCACGCCCCCUCGCCGCCCCCAGGCCACGCCCCCCUCGCCGCCCCUGGGCCACACCCUCUGUACGCCAGCGCCGGCCUCCUCCGCUCUCUCAGCCCAGCCCUCCCGGCUCACCUUCUCCCCCUCCGGCCCCCAGGGCCCCCAGGGCCCCCAGGGCCCCCAGGGCCCCCAGGGCCCCCGAGCCCAGCAGCUGCUCCCCCUGGGGGACAGGAGACGGGGGCUGGGCUGGCCCCAGGGCUGCGCUGGCUCCUCGGGACCCAACACCAGUGUCCAGGUAACGGUUGGCGGAGGACAGCUGUCGGGGUCCCUGGGCUCGGUCACCAUCCAGGCCCAGCAGUACCUGGAGGGCAUGUGGAGCAUCUCAAGAGUCAACAACUUCCUCCCCCAGCCCAGCCCGGUCCGAUGUCUUCUGGGGGAGCCGGAGAGGGGUGCGGCCAUGUUGGAGACGUCCGUCAUCAGUAGCCCAGCCAGCUUCCUGUCGACUCCCAGAUACAGGAGCCCUGGACAGCCUGGCUACACCCCAACACACACCUCCACACACACACCUCCACACACCUCCACACACAGCAACACACACACCUCCACAUACAGCAACACACCCACCUCCACACACACACCCACCUCCACACACACACCCACACACCCCUCCACACACCCCUCCGACCAGAGCGCAUCAGCUGCUGCCUCCUUCUUCAUCAGAGCGGCCCAGAAGCUGAACUUGUCGUCGAAGCGUAAGAAGCAGCUCGUGCCGCAGCCCCGCCCCCAGGAGCCCUCCCUCUACCCCACUACCUUCAGCAGCACUCUGCAGCUGUCACCCCCGCCCGCACCACCAUGCCUGCUCCGCGCUAUGUCCAAGGUCAAGGAGAACCCAGGGAUGGGGAAGGUCAAGGUGAUGAUGCGGAUCUGCCCCCCCCAUGACGACUCGUCCGAGUCCGUGUCCUUCCUGAAGGUGGACGCUAGGAAGAAGCAGCUGACCCUGUACGACCCCGCGGCCACGCCCCACGCCAGCGCCGGACUCAGGAGGGCCGCCACCGUGGCCGUCCCCAAGAUCUUCGCCUUCGACGCCGUGUUUCCCCAGGACGCCUCGCAAGCGGAGGUGUGCUCGGGGACUGUGGCGGAGGUCAUCCAGUCGGUGGUGAACGGAGCGGACGGCUGCAUCUUCUGCUUCGGUCACGUCAGGCUAGGCAAGACCUACACCAUGAUCGGUAAGGAUGGCUCCGCCCAGGGCCUGGGCGUGGCUCCCUGUGCCAUCUCCUGGCUCUUCAAGCUCAUCAGCGAGAGGAAGGAGAAGACGGGCACCCGCUUCUCGCUGCGCGUGUCGGCCGUGGAGAUCAGUGGGAGGGACGAGCAGCUGACCGACCUGCUGGCCGAGGUGUCCAGCGGCAGCCUGCAGGACGGCCAGUCCCCGGGCGUCUACCUAAGGGAGGACCCCAUCUAUGGUACCCAGCUCCAGAACCAGAGUGAGCUUCGUGCCCCCACGGCCGAGAAGGCUGCCUUCUUCCUGGACGCCGCCAUCGCAGCGCGCAGCACCAGCCGGCCGGACGCAGACGAGGAGGACAGACGGAACUCCCACAUGCUGUUCACCCUCCACGUCUACCAGUACCGCAUGGAGAAGAGCGGCAAGGGAGGAAUGUCAGGCUGUGAAGGUAUAAGCUCACCUGGUUCCUCCUCAUCCUCAGUGUCAGGCUGUGGAGGUAUAAACUCACCUGGUUCCUCCUCAUCCUCAGUGUCAGGCUGUGAAGUGUCAGGAGGAAGGAGUAGGCUUCACCUCCUGGAUCUGGGCAGCUGUGAGAAGGUCCCCAGCAGGAGUAGGGACGCGGGCGGAGGGCAGUGUCUGUCGCUCACCGCACUCGGCAACGUCAUCAUGGCCCUCACCAACGGAGCCAAGCACGUACCUUACAGGGACAGCAAACUGACGAUGUUGCUGAGAGACUCGCUGGGGAACAUCAACUGCAGGACGACUAUGAUCGCCCACAUCUCUGACUCCCCUGCCUGCUACGCCGACUCGCUCUCCACCAUCCAGCUGGCCUCUCGCAUCCACCGCAUGAGGAAGAAGAAGUCCAAGUAUGCAUCCAGUUCCUCCGGAGGCGAGAGCUCCUGUGAGGAGGGGAGGAUCCGCCGCCCCCCCCACCUCCGGCCCUUCCACCCCCGGACGGUGGCCCUGGACCCCGACCUCCCCCCCCUCCUCAGUGACCCUGACUACUCCUCCAGCAGCGAGCAGUCGUGCGACACCGUCAUCUACGUGGGCCCCGGCGGCUCCGCCGUCUCCGACCGCGAGCUGAGCGACAACGAAGGGCCGCCGGUGUUCGUCCCCAUCAUCCCCUCCCUGAACCGGAGGAGGGGCGGCAGGGACUCCCCGCUGGACAGAGAACACUUCUUCAAGUGCAACACGUUUGCCGAGCUGCAGGAGCGUCUGGAGUGCAUCGACGGCAGCGAGGAGCCCAAGGCCUUCGUGGGAGAGGGGCGGGGCAACCAGGCCAGUCCCAACAUGGACGGCGGGAAAAGCAAAGAAGGGCCUGGCUCCGUUUCCCCGAAGACCGGAGCGAAGGUGUCCUCCAGCUCGCAGGAGAGCAUCUCACCCAAGCCCUCUCCUAAACACACGGCUGCUUCCCAGUCGGCCGGCAGCCCCGGCCUCAAAGCCAAACUGGAACAUUCUGAGCGGCAGGGCGGCCCCCCGGAGAGAGCGCCGUCGGAGAACGCGUGCAGAACCAGCGCUGACGGUGAGAAGGUGAUGGCUCCAGACAGCAGAGCCAGCCCCAGCAAGCAGGUCGCCCCCACUCCCAACCCAGAGCCAGUGGUGAGGGAGAAGGUCUAUUUCAACAAGAAGCCCUUACCCAAGCCGGCUCCUCCUCCCCCGCAGCCGAGAGACACCCCCUGGGGGAACGGAGAGGCGGAAGAGAGUUCCACCACCAGAAUGCCCCCCGUCGGAAUGAGCCACCAGGUUGUGAAGCAGGGGGAUUCUGGGGCCCAUCCCAGCGGCCCUAUGGAGGUGUGCCGCCUGAGAGACCGCUGCCUGAACAGGGACGCCCUCAGAGCCACCGUCACCCUGCAACAGCCCGUGGAGCUGAACGGGGAGGACGAGCUGGUGUUCACCGUGGUGGAGGAGCUGUCCAUUGGGGGCCUGGUAGACGGCGGAGGUCGCCCCACCAGCAUCGUCAGCUUCAGCAGCGACUGCUCCCUGCAGGCGCUGGCCUCCGGCUCCAGGCCCGUCAGCAUCAUCAGCAGCAUCAACGACGAGUUUGACGCCUACACGGCCUCCUUCGGGGGGUCGGAGGUCAACGCGGGGAAGGUCACGCCCCUCGGGGAGGACGUGUUCGUGAGCGUGGGCAGCAGGGGCUCAUCCGUCAGCUCCUGGCUCAGCGGGGUGAGCGUGAGCACGCAGGGGAGCGAGGGGGCCCACUCGUCCGACGUGUUCCUGCCCCACGCCACGCACGGCGGCCCCGAGGGAACCUUCUACCUGGACUCCUUCGGUCUGUUCCAGUGUGAGCCGUCGCCGAGAGACGCCAAGAACUCCCUGAACGACAGCGGCUUCAGCUUCUCCGAGAUGGACAGCGACAGCGCCGCCUCCAGUAAGCUGUCCUUGACCAAGUGCCCUCCUUCUCCCGACUCAGCCAAAGGAUCCCUCCGGUUGCCGGCGAAAACCGCCACGGUUAACUCCCUCAGCUCCUCCCAGCCUGCCCAGGGCCCCCCCCCCACCGUAGUCCACUCCAGUCUUCCCAGGAAAAUACCUACCUCAUCCAUCACCAACAUCAGCAGCAGUCGUGAGCCUCCCACACACGAGGCCAGGCAGGAGGACCCCUGGCAACGUGUGGGCCUCUCUCCUGACCCCCAGCCCCUCGCGGACCCAAGCCCCACCGCCAAGUUCCUCAAAACCCCCCCCAGCGGCAUCCCCUCCUGGAGACCUGCGGUCAGCAGCAACAGCGUACCUCACCCCCCCAAGGUGCAGGCUUCUACCUCAUCCCAGAGGGUGGUGGACGGCUGCGAGAAGUCGUCCGUCAGGAAAGCCGAGCCCCCCAGCAGGAUGCCCCAGCUGAGGAGAGGGGCCACCACUCUGGGGACCGUGCCUGUGAUCCACACCACCCCAGAGUCCAGGGCAUCUCAGGACAUGGUCGCUGCAUCCACCAACAGGUUCUCCUCUCUGGGGAAAACCAGCAAGGCCACCGGACAGAAAGUCAGCAUGCUCCCCAAACCUGGCGGUACUUCCCCGCCUCCUCCACCGGUGCGGAAGUCCAGUCUGGACCAGAAGAACCGGACCUUGCUGCCCCAAAGUGCCUUAAAGUCGGCGUGUGGGGAGCACGCGGAGGCAGGGAGGGCGGCGAGGGCCGUGGUGUCAGAGGACGAGCUGGAAGCGCGCUUCAGAGCUGACUCCAACAACCUGAAGACCUCCGGCCUCAGGUUCGACCCCGCCUCGGCCAAGGCCACGUCCAGCCUGAAGGCCAGGGGAGCCAGAGGCGAUGCAGGGCUGCACUACGGCAGCCAGGUAUCCCUGGAGAGGUGCGACAGCCUGUCUUGUAUGGGCUCCAAGCCUGUCCUCAGCCGAGAGAACAGUGGGGCUAGCUUAGGCAGCAGCAAGUCUGGCAGGUCCAUCCCCAGAUACGGCGUCUCUAACUCCGCCAGCUCUCCCAUCGCUACCUCCCCACCUUCCCCUUGUGGGAGCCCAGGUGUGGUGAGCAAACCCGGGCAGGUGAAAGCUGGUGUCGGCCCCAGAGCAGCUGGAACGCUCAACGGAAGCAAAUCCCGCUCUCUGUCUGCCAACCACUCGAAGGGCCUCAGUUCCUCCACAAAGUCCCUGGCAGCGCCCGCCACCAGAAAUCCCAACGCCAAUCUCCCGCCCUCCGGGAAGACCCUGGCUCCCCGCACCACCACGGCCCCCGCCAGCGCCAGGGCUGGGCGGGGCACCGUCAUGGGCACCAAGCAGGCCAUGCGGGCGGCUAACAGCCGGGUGAGCGAGCUCGCGCUGGGCGGCUCGUCGGGCAAACACCUGAGGGGCUCCGGGGUGUCUGACGGCGGGGCGAACGCGGGGGACGACAAGCCCCCCGUGGCCAUGCUUCCGUCCCCCUACAGCAAGAUAACUGCGCCCAGACGGCCCCAGCGCUACAGCAGCGGCCACGGCAGCGACAACAGCAGCGUGCUCAGUGGAGAGCUGCCCCCGGCCAUGGGCCGCACCGCACUCUUUUACCACAGUGGCGGCAGCAGCGGGUACGAGAGCAUGAUCCGGGACAGCGAGGCCACCGGCAGCGCCUCAUCCGCCCAUGACUCCAUGAGCGAGAGUGGCAUGUCCUCCUCGGGGCGAACCAGGAACUCCAAGUCCCCCAAGAAGAGGUCGAACGGUCUCCAGCGGCGUCGGCUCAUCCCUGCCCCCCUGCCAGACACCUCGUCCCUGGGGAAGAAAGCCGUCACUGCCGGCCAGUGGGUGGACCUGCCACCCACCUGCAUGUCUGGCCCUUUAAAAGAACCGUUUGAGAUCAAGGUGUAUGAGAUUGACGACGUGGAACGCCUUCAGAGGCGUCGGCAGGAAGAGCCAGUAGAGCAGCCAUUCCAGGAUGUGGAGAAGGGCCUGCUGUACUUCAACAGUAAGCUGAAGGUGCUGGAGAGGAGGCAGCAGAGGGUGAGAGAGCUGAAGAUCAGACACGACGACCUGAGGGAGGAGCUGGAAGACACCAAGGCCAGGCUGAUGAUGGACCCCAGCAAGUGGACGGGAGAGUUUGAGGUGGACCAGGAUUUAGACAAGGAGUCCCUGGAGUACUUCCAGGCCCUGGGUCAGGUGACAGACGAGCUGGAGUUCUGCGUCAACCUAUGCAAGUCACGCGUCAUGAUGGUGACCUGCUUUGACAUCAGCGUGAGGGCGCCCGACGCUCAAGAAGGACUGCGUGAAGUAGAAGUCUGAGAAGCGGGAAAUGGGACGAGCGAAGCAGGAAGUGACAAGAGAAGGAAGAUGAAAUGUAGCAGCCAGUUUGAUCGUAUUUGCUUGGAUUGAGUUGAGAGGAGAGGGAGAUGAAAGAAGAAAAAGAAAACACGAAUCGAGAGACUAGAGUUGAGACAAGCAGGCGUCUUCUGCAUGGAGACGGAGAUCGGACCCACUUAUCUGCAGUGCCUCGUUGUUCUGGACUUUGAGGAGUGCGAGAGGAACGUGUGCGCAGAAACGCUCGUUUCUGUGUUUUCUGCAUGGUGAUGGAGUGGUCAUCAUUUACCCAAAAGUCAUUUGACGACAUCCAGAAGUGCCUUCUUUUACUCAACUUGUUUUGAGUCAUUAUUUUUUGUAUGGUGCUAGUAUCAUAACCAGCAUACCUAAGCAAACCCUGAACAUAUUCCUUUUAAGAUGAAAUUAUUUUAUAUUGCAUUGUAUAGUGUAUUUAUAUGAUUAUGCCGUGUGUAUAAAUAUCAUUUGUAGGUUACAAAAAAAAGUUAAGAGGAACACAAAAAAAGUAAAGCAAUAAGCUAAUGUUAUUGCGCUCCCAGACUUGGCCUUUUCUCAUGUUUGAAACCUCAGUCAGCAUUUCUCCCAUGUUCAUCCAGCCUCUUGCGCCUUAUGUUAUCUGUCUGGUUCUGUGGUUUUUCUACUUUUUAAUACAAGUCUAUUAUCUUGCUGUAUUUGCUGUUAUCACUCAUCCCCUGCUAGCUGGGCUGUGAAACCUAGCAGGGUUGAGUCAACAUCUCCUCCCUCCAGUUGCCUUGAUCACCUGGGAUCCCUGUGGAAAUGCUGUGAUGGGAAGAUCUGGCGCUGGAAGGAGAGAGGAAGGGUUUUCAGCCCAUUGUGAGGCUGUGCCCCCCCCCCCCCCCCAACUUCUUUCAUAUGAGAUCCAGGACAGGCAUUAAUCAGAGAGUCACUCUUCAGGGCCUGCAUUCAACAGGCUCAGUUCAGUAUUGUGUUGAAGAAGGGUAGUAAGGGUAGACAGGUUUUUAGGGCCCUCCCUCCCUCUCCUCACGUGCUCAGAGCCACGUUGACUGAACUAGUUUGAUACAAGCAAGAUAACUUAAAGCUCUCUGAUGGUGGAGAGGAGUAGCUCCUUGGCUCGGUUCUAUGCAGUCCACCAGUGUCCAGAACCUUCAAGAACCUGAAGACAGCAUCAAGAACUUCAGCACAGUUUCGAAGCCCCUCCGAGGUUUCAAGUGUACCCCUCAGAAUUCAGAUUCUUUACUCCCCCUGUCUAUUUUCUUUACAUUCAUAGAAAACAUUUUUGACCAGUCUCAGACCAGAUCAUUGACUCAAAUAGUUGAUGCAGUGUCGAUGCAGAGUAGCAAGUACAGAGCCCAUAUAGUGGUAUCAUUUACCAAACAGUAUCUACUUUAGCUUGGUGCACGAAUGUACUGGUGUUUGAAUCAGUUCUCUGACAACAAUGAGGACAAAAUUAUUUUCUGAUUUGGUUGUGAAACAGAUACUGACUUUGUUGUAUUUUGAUGUGUUUGAUUUAUAUAACUGAGAAUAGUUUUUUUCUUUCUUUUAAAAGACGUUUCUCUCAGGCCCUUGUUGAAGAUGCUGCAUGAGAUUUUCUUAAUCAUUUUUAUGAAUGAUUUCUACACCAUUUUUGAUUUUUAUAUUAACCUUGGCUCUCGUUGACGUGGAGUUAGGCUCAUGAGUUAUAUGACUAGAACCAAACCAAGACCUUUUUUUUUCCUCAAGAAAAUCAAUGUAUUAAAAGGUCACAUUUCAUAUCUAAACCCAUAUUUUCUAAUGUCCUUGGUUUUGUAUAGGAUCUUUUGACCCUUUGUAUAAAUGUAUAUGACAUGGCAGCUUGUGUUAACUUUUACCUGUGAAUAAAAGAUGUUUCUUCUUA